AUGAGCGAUACUGCCGAUUGGCUGUCAGCUGUGUCCUCUUUGACGGCAACCGCGAUUGCAGUCGCGACCCUUUUUACCGUCUACAUCGCCGCGGUGCAGCUCGCGUCCCAGAACCGAAGGUAUCGGCUAGGCUUGUCCUGGCGCUCUCUGGGCCGAUGGCAGAAUAAAGUUGCCCAGUCGUCCUUUCUCGGGCUACAGAGGAGAGUCUAUACACCCAGCGUCUCCGUGCCCUCACUUGUUCAGAAUCGCGUCGUGCCAUGCUUCACGUUUCCCAGAGGGAUCCCCAAGGAGCCCGAUCCCGAUAUCGAGAGCGCCAGCGGGCUGGUUCCGGCCGGUGCGAGUUGGGUAGGGUUAAUGGAAGCACUCGGUCUGCGCCCUGAUGAUGAUUUCCUUGAAAUGCAGGAUGCAUCGGAGUUGGUGAAUGGAAUCGUUGCUAUGCACUGGAAAGGAAAGGACUUUGUCGCGGUUUGCUCCAUGCUAGGCUUCCAAUCUUACGAGAACCACCCAAGCUUCAGCUCACCUAUGCCUCUCCCGAUGCUUUGGCAUGGACCACUGGGCUGGAUGCAACUCCAGCCCAGUCCCCAGGGUUGCAUCGCUCAAUUUAGAAGCAGAGCAACACUAUUUGAACAAAUCUCGGACGACCUUCAUCGCUACUGGCGAAAGGAAACUUUCAGCUUGCCCAGUUCACCGUUUUUACUCCAAGCUCGACUUUGGGCUUCAAUCGGGGGGCUUCUCCUACCAGACGGUAAAGCUCUCUACCUUGGAGGCGCAGAUUUCCACAAACGACCCGUAGAUAUUGAUGACGACCAUGAAUUCAGUCCUGCCGAGCUCCAUCAAUACCUGACCUCCGCAGAUCUCUCCCCGGAUGAACUAAGGCGAGUCCUUCUAGGCAAGCAAGAAAAUCGCGGCAGGGAGCUCCGUCGCGAGAUCGCACGUUCAAAAGCGCCGUCAGCUCAGCGAGUCAGGGACGAACCAAUUCCCGACUCGCGCACUGAGGCUUUUGAAAGUGGAGAACGCUCAUUUGAAGGCAAACAACAGGUGUUACGCCCUUGUCCCGGUUUGUUAUCUGUUUGUGUACAGGGGGAAAUUGCCUACAGUCGUGGCCUCGACAUCAGAGAUUGUCACGAAUUCGACCGCAAGUUCGCCAGCACUGAGGAUGUGGAUCGUGCUCGAUUCCCGUACAGUCUUGGGAAAUUGCAGAUGGAUAGGGAUACGCUGAUGCUGAUGAAAAGCGCUUUUCUUUACCUUGGACCUGAUGGGUUCUACUUUGCUCCCUCAUAUCUUCUUUGCAGCGAUGUGCGGGAAGUAUAUCGACACAUUGAGGAGCAGUCGAAUAAGUUGAAACGAAUCUUCCCUAUCACGAGCACUACCCCAACAUCGGGCCGAGAUUAUCUUUACCACGCCAUGAAACUUUGCAACGAUCUGCAACAAACCCGCAAAAUGGCUAGAGCAACGUACUCCGUUGAAGAUAUGCGACUACUGGCAAAGGCGUCGAACAAUAUUGCUCCGUUUAUUUCCCCAGACAAAGCCGGGCACGGGAAAGACCCCACAACGGCCAAACCCGAAGAUCUCAUAUGGGCCAUGCUUGUCUGCCCAGAGCUUUCUUCCAACAUAAGAGAAUCACUCACGGAGAUGAAUCUACAAGCAUUCUUGGAUGCCAAGGUGGAGUGUGAGGAUGGAGUUUUGACCUUACCGGACCUGAGCGGCUUAAGGGAAAUGGGUCCGAAAUAUAAAGUACCUCUGGUAGCUAAUGGUGACUUCACGGGACAACAAUUACUUGCUGCACUCAUCGAUAUCUUUAUCCGAUACUUCUGGAUUGACAAAGCAUGGCCUACUGAUGUGGCAGCUUACGACAUGACCAUGCCACAAACUGUGGCCAUGUGCUGAACUAUUCCAUUUUCAUUUGGAUGCUAUUAUUAGUCUUGUAAACCCCUGAGCGAGACUUUGUUUGGCGUCAUGGGAUUUGUACAAUAUUUUA